CUCGACCUGACAUUGUUAACAUUCUUCGUGACAUAUGCCCCCGCUACUCAAGCCACAGACCAAUACCAGGAUGGAUGCUGAAAAGGUAACUCAGCUCUACAGUCAGUUACCUAGUCUUAUAUCCAAGGCCAGGCACAGUCUCAUCUGGGGGGUGGACCUUGAACAAGGAGGGCAGGGGACUGAAGCUAUCAUUCGAAAGUUCUUGAGAGCUUACUCUAUUCUCCCUUCACUGCAAAUCUCCCGGGCAUCUCAGUCACUCAGAAGGACUUUGGAGUGGCAGCGAUUUAAUAGAGCAGAGACCAUGAAUGAAGCCUUGGCAAUAGUCAAGGAGUCAGGGAUUGCUCACAUUACGCGCCUGCAAGGCAAGUUCGUUCUCUGGGUGAUCAUAGAUGAGCGCGUUAUCAAAGGUUUCGCAUCUUCGUACGAGGAGUUCAUGACUCGCAAAGGAUUGAUGCACCUGGGGCUAGCAGUCAUGGAAAGCCUAGCCAAGCUAGAGAUUCAAGAAGUAUGCACCGGCGAACCUAUCAGUGACCAGGCCGCUGCUUGUGUGAUCGAAUUCAGACUUGCUUCAAUGCCUGCCGCUCAGCCACAGCGCAUGCCAUUUCGCGACAUGAUCAUCCAGAAACCAAAUGACCUUGUCUCAUCAAUCGAUCUACAUUAUCCCUCUCUUCUGGAUAUCUUCUACGUGAUUAAUCCCUCGGAAGAAUAUCUUCUUACCCUUGGCGUGCCUGACAGGUUUCUGGCACAUACGACUCUUCUAUCCCAUCGCGAGGAUCUGGUACAUUAUCUGGGGAAAGCCGUUCCAGUAGAGUAUGGUGGGGAGGGUGAAGCUCUCCUCGACGGAGACUAUCUUGUCGGCACUGAACUAACCGAACAAAACCGGCAGUCGCCAGGACAAAUCACUGCAAGCGAGGGGCAGGAGGUCGAUUCUCAGACUGUUCCUGGUGUUGGCGCUGUACAAACGGCGCAGGUUAACGCCGAUAUCACCGGCUCAGGCCCCCGAGAACCAACACUCAUAUUCUCGGAAAAGAUCGGACCACCUACAAUAAUCCUAGACCCAGAGGAUCUCAAGUCAGCGACCGAGCUUUGUCCCAGGAAGAUGGGCGCUCGUAUAGUUUGGGCUGAUGACGAUAUGCUGGUCAAAUAUGGCCACGGCGUUCGUCUAGCUGAGGCUGAAGCAAUGCACCUGGUAUCCAGUAGAACCUCGAUACCCAUUCCCAAAUUAUUGAGCGCUUACAUACUUGACGGUGUCGGGCACAUCCUGCAAGACUACGUCACGCAAAUGAGGAGUAUCAUCGGGCGGUUCAUCGGCGGCAUUGACUCUUCCCCUUGUAGAGAUGGGAUCUUCGAAGGUGGCUAUGGACAGUACGAGUCCUAUCGCUAUGGGCCGUAUGCCUCCGAGCCCGAGUUCAAUGAGGGCGUGGUACAGGCGCUGAGAGAUCGCCUACCACCGGAGUCGCGGGUUGAAGUAAAUCGUCCGGACUCUGCGUUUUUUACUCGAGAAUACAUUAUGUACCAGACUGUCAGAGGGUUGCGUGGGCACUCCAUCGUCUUCACGCACGGAGACCUACAUCCCGGCAACUUGCUGGUUCGCGCUGAUGGAGUGGUUGUUGUGCUCGACUGGGGGCUAGCUGGUUACUGGCCGGAAUACUGGGAGUUCUAUCGGGCAAUGUUCAAUCCACCUUGGCGCCCUGUCUGGGAUCGAAUGAUCGAAAAUUUUAUCCCACCGUACUAUGUUGAAAGUGAAAUUAUGAAGAAGGUGUUCGGCAUAGUGUGGAACUGACACAGCUGUAUACAAACGCAAAGCCCUCCCACAGCGCUGAUUCUUGUUUUGGGGUUUACUUCAAUUUCUCGUCAGUUGACUAGUGGCCUGUUGAUUUGAAAGACCCCUGAUUACGCUCGCUGUGAUGUAUUCCGCAACAACAUUGUAUGGUGUCCUGUAUCGUAUAAUUGGCAGAGGGGCAAUCGGGCCCAACGAGCAUCUUCUGAGGCCGGGA